AUGAUCAAGAUCAUCAUAAUUGACAGUGAGUGGGAGUGGGAACAGUGGGCGCUGCCGCCGACCACUUUCAACGCGACCGAGUCGGCCGCCUACCGCGGCCCGGGCCCGCGCGUCGGCGCCUCGCUGUGGAGGGACCGCGCCGGCCGCUCCUGGUGGCUGUUCGGCGGCCGGCAGAGGGCGGCGCACGCCGGGGACGUCCUCAAGACCAUUAAGUGGCGUCCCGCGCGGUUGCAGGUCUACUCUGACCUGUGGCGGUACGACGUGGCGGAGACUCGCCGCUGGUCGCGGGUCUUCCCCAGCGACGACGGCCGAGCCAAGGCCAGCGGCAUCGUGAUGCUGCGCGCCUGGCUGCAGUCCGCAUUCGCCGCCGGCAACAGAUCAGGCAUCGUGCUGUGCGGCAGAAGCGAGGCGCGCCGGCCGGAGGACCGCUCGCUGGCGGUGUACGGGGCGCGCAGCGGGCGCAGCGACACCGUCUGGCAGAUGGAGCUGAAGGACGGCCUGUGGACGGCCUACGUCUGCUGCUGCGACUCCACCGACCGCAGCGACGAGGGGCACCCGCGCCGGCACCGCGGCCAGGACCCCAGGGAGUUCCCGCGCGCCGCCCUGCCCGGCGACGACGACAACAACACUCAGGACAAUGCACUGCCCGGAACUAGAGGCACCAACGCUUCUACUGUGGAGGAGCACACGGGCCCUUGGAUAGAGCAGCAGAGGCCGUCGCUGGCCCCGAGGAACCGCGAGGAGCGGCCGCCAAUCAAGGACUCUGCCGGCACGGAGGAGGGGGCGGAUGCGGGGGUGGAGGACAAGGAGGCCGCGGAGUGGCGGGCGCGCCCCGGCAAGCGGCCCCCGGGCAGCGUGCAGCCCGCGCCGCUGCUGCCGCCCUCGGACCGCAGCCGCUCGCCGCCCCCGCCGCCCCCACCCAAGAAGAAGCAGGCCACGACGCCAACCCCGCCGCACACCGUCGCCGACUCCAGGGUGGCCGCUGAGGGCGGUCACGGCGCCUCCACCACUGCAGGGGCCAGCGUCGCGACCGGCACUAGGACGACGCCGCCGCCCACCACGCCCAGCAGCGUGUCCAGAGGCGGUAGCACGGUGACAUCUUCCAGCGCGGCCACCGCCACGCGGCUGAGCACGGCUGCCACCACACCCGCGGACUGCGAGUUCUCUGACGAGGACGAGCCGCCGCCGUGCGCGCACCACCAGCGCCCCGAGGCGGCUCCCGCCCCACUGCCGCGGCCCCCGCAGCCCCAACAGCAGCAGCAGGCCUUCUGCCCGGACUUCGACAGCCAGGAGCGCUCCGGGGCGCCAGGCGCGCAGCCCAUAGCGUGGUGCGACACCCGCCGCGAGCUGUUGGCAGCCCUGGACCUGCGCGGCUCGCCGCUGCGCCUCUGGCAGUUCGACCUCAGGACUUCGCACUGGACGCAGCACCAGGUGCUGGUGGAGAACGGCUCGCUGUGGCCGGGCUGCGCGGACGGCAGCGCGCGCCACGCGUCCAGCGGCGACGCGGUGUACGUGGUGUGCGCGCCGUACGGCUCGUCCUUCCCGACGUCGACGCGCCUCGUCUACCAGCUGUGGGGGGCGACGGGCGCGGGGCCCGGCGCCAUCCGCGCCCUGGGGCAGCUGCAGCUCGACGCCGCCUUCGAGGAGCCGGCCGGCGCCAACAUCUGGAUGGACGAGACGCGCACCGUGCUACAGGCGGGGGAGAUCGGCGGCUCGCGGACGCUGCUGCUGGUGGCGUACAAGGACACAGUACACCUCUGGCUGAGGGAGCGCGCCGGCGGCUUCUGGCCCGUCGAGCUCAAGUGGCAGGGCGCCGCCUACAAGUGGUUCCGCUCCUUCAGCUCACCACUCUACCACUUCAGCAUCAUGGGACACCCCUGGGUCAUGCCCAACCCCAGGGAUUUGCAGGCGCAGGACUAUUGGCCAGUGGAGCGGGGCCGCUUCGUGGUGCGCAUCGUGGACCCUAGCGACGCCAACGCGUCUCCGCACGGCGAGGGCGAGGUGCACGUGGCGCCUCCCCCCGCACUGCCGCCGCCCCCGUCGCUGCACGUGUCGCCCCCUCUGGCACAGCCGCCGGCGCAGCCCUCCAACGGCGUUAAGGCCAUCGUCUUCUUCGGCCUCUCACUGUCCAUCUUCUCGGUCUUCGGCGCCGCCGUCUUCGUGCGCCGCUGCGUCACGUGUCCGCCGGCGCGCCGCGACGCCGACUCGAAAGGCGUGGGCGGGCUGGCCGGCGUCGGAUUGGGCGGUGGCUCCUCCAAUCAGGCUCCAGUCGUGCGCUACAGCGCCAUCCCUGACGACCUCGGCUACCCUGCCGCCUAG